AUGGUGACAAUUUUGGUUAAUAACCUGUCAUGGUUAAUACCAAUCAUCAUAGCACAGGAAUUUAAAAUGAAUACAACAUAUUUUCCAAUGGAAAUUUUAUUUCAAAUCUGUUAUCGAAAACGUUUAGAAUGGCUUUCCGGUAAAGAGCGAACACAAUUUGCCGAAUGUUGUGGCCAAUUAUAUAUGUGUUCUUGUUUGUUUAAGAUGUGUGCUAAAGAGUAUUGGAUAAAACAAUCAUAUUGGUGUCAAGGAGCACCUUUUGCGGAAUGUCAUAUCGAUGAAUUUUGUAACUAUAUAUUCGCCAAUAAAACACAUCCUAUAGAAAUAAUUUGCGCACAUCAUUUAACCAAUCGUUUAGGAUUUUGGUCAAACAUUUUAUUUCUAUUAUCAACAGUGUUCGUAAUGUUCCUAAUGAUUUUGAUGGUCUGGAUCGGUAGAAUUGUAUUGCAGAAUAAUAACAAUAAAAAUCAAAAUGACAAUAUGCAAAUUUCGCCGUCAAAUGAAAGUAUCAGAGAAAGCAAAUCACGUAUCACGAAUAAAAUUUCAUCGAUAAAUAAUUCUGCGACUAAACGACGAUCCAGUGAAAAGAUAAAAUCAAAUAGACAAACUCGAAAGACUUCGAAGGUGAAACAAAAACGUCAAAAAAGUGUCAGUAGUAAUCUGACGGUAUCAAAAAUAAAUUUUUAUUUACAAUAA